AUGCGCGAAGCUCCGAGCAGUAUCGUUGUCAAUAUGGUCCAUGCUCCCCAGGCUGCCGUGGACGAGGCCGGAUGCCGGCAUACAAUUGUUGAAGACGGACCAUCUACACCGUCUCCCGACCUCCUCAAACUUACUGCUAGCCGAGGUGUAAUCAUCAAGGUGUAUGAUGUGGAAGCUCUGGCAUUUGCGAUCUGUGACGAACGAACGACAACUAUAGGAACAGUUCUGAAUAUGCUUGUUUCUAGUCGUCUCAUUUCCUUACGGCAAAACUGA